GUCCUGAGGAACGAAUCACUUCCGUCACUACCUAGAAUGACAAUGGCGGAGAAACGUCGGGCCGGGGGAACUUCGGGGAUGUCCGAAGCCAAACCAACCAAGACUGACACUGAGAGGGAGUUCUUAUCGCAGGCGGGAGUCGGGGAGUUACUCCGGGGGGCUCUGUUAAAGAUGGUAGAGGCCAGGUCGGAGGACCCAGUGGGGUUUUUGGCAGACCAUUUCUGUAAUCUGGCCUCCGAGACUGAGAAUGGGAUGGCUGGAUGCUGCAGCGAUGGAGAUAUGCUAAACCUCGGUGCAGGCGCACACGAGCAGCAGCAGCUGAGCCGAGCCCUAUGGCACCUGCGUCUAGCGCAUCACUCUCAGAGGUAAGACAGACAGAGUUGAGUUUGGCAGUCGCAAAAUGCAUGUUCUCGUUUUAUCUCACAAUGAAAUAACACAACUCACUGGGCUAAAACUGUUUGAAUCAACGUUGUUUCCAUGUCAUUUUAACAACAACAAAAAAUCUAUGUGGUGUUGAAUCAACGUGGAAAACUGAUUGGAUUUGCAAAAAGUCAUCAACAUUUUCUACCUAACUUUUAACCUAAAUCCAAUGACCAGGUGACAUUUUUGGUUGAUUUCACGUUGAAUUUACGUUAGUUUACAACUGCUCAACCAAAUGUAAAUCAAAACUAGACGUUGAACUGAUUGAUGUCUGUGCCCAGUGGAAAUGCUCUUGUGCUUCCAUGUGUGCCUGUGCAUGUGUACAAGUGGAGGCUGCUGAGGGGAGGACAGCUCAUAAUAAUGGCUGGAACGGAGCCAAUGGAAUGUAUUUAUUUAUGUAUGUAUUUGAUACCAUUCCACUUAUUCCACUCCAGCCAUUACCACAAGCCUGUCUUCCCCAAUGAAGGUGCCAUCAACCUCCUGUGAUGUGUACCUACACGUGUGUGUAUGUAUUCAGAUCUGCCUUCAGCAACAAUGUUCGUGUGGCCUACGACCUACUAACCCAGACAGGGCCCCAGCGGCGAGGAGGAGUGGGUCCCAGUGGCUCCGCUGGUCCAUGCAGCUCUAACAGCCCAGGUGGGGGGGUCAGGGGCCGACUCUACACACACACCCUCCAGGUAGGGUAUACAAUUGACAAUUCAUACUGUAUACACUGCUGCUUUCAGAAACCACCAUUUCCAUUGUGCCCUUGAGUAAGGUAAAUAGAUCCGCGUUAUAGCGUGAUUUACAUUUAAAGGUAAUUUUCCAUUGAGCUGACAUAUGCAGCGUUUACCGUGAAUGUGGUCUCCACAAACACGGAAACAUUGCCUUUAAUACCUGUUGUAUUCGGUGCAUGUGACAAAAUAUAUUGACACAAAUAUUUGAAAGGUGCAUAGCCGAAAACGGGCAAUCGGAUUGAAUCUAGCCCUUAACCUCUGCAGCUGACCCUGUGUGGUCUUCUCAAGUGCUGUGUUUGUGUGUUGGCCGAGGUGUUUGAGAGCAGAGCAAAAUACAAAUUUCUGUUGUAGAUGGACAUCUAAGUACUAUUUUGUUCUGCUCUAUUCUACUCUCCAGUGUCUCUGCAGCGAGGGAGGUGUCCCCAUCUCCACUUCAGCCCCUCUGCUACGCCGGCUCCACUGCCAGGACCAUGAGGCCGUGCCCUAUGACGUCUUCAGGCACGGUGUGCUGACGUGUGCUGUGUUUUCUGACUACAUCCGGCGGGCGCAGAGGCUGUAUGCGGAGGUCUGCGACCCAGCUGAGGGGCCUGCUGGUCGGGCACUAUGUCUGGCUGUGCUGGGCACCCUCCAUGAAGCCCUGGAAACCUCCCGGUCUGACGGUGGCUCCUCAGAUGCUAACCACUACACUAAUGCUAACGCUAAGGCCAAUCCCUACCUGGAGGCUAACACUAAGGUUAGCCGCUACCUGGAGGCGAGUGCUAAGAUCUCGCCCGGUAAGCUUGCCCAGGCUAUGUCUGGAGCGGAACCAGCCGGGGUCAACAUGGACGCCAAGGAAUUUGAGGAUGCUGCGGCAGAGCUCUUUAUUGCUCGA